UUAAUUACAUAUAAAUUUAUAGUAAAGUUAUUCAAAGUGGCACCUACAGACGUAAGAUAUCAAAUAUGGGACGUGAAAUGUAUAAAAGAAGGACAAAGAAUAUUUUUAAGGAAUUUGGACAACAAAGGCGCCAUAAACAUCUACAAAGAACAUGAGAACAACAUGGACGUGAUGGUGGCGUGUCAAAGGCUCACGCUGCUGGAGAAACUCCUGAGAGAGAGGGACAUACAGUUUGUUGUCACGGCGACUGAUGCCGGGAGCGUUAGUCCCUCCCGAGCCAAGAGCCCCACGUUCGUGAUGCCGACUAAGGGAUCGGUCGAACGGUGUAUGGACUGGAAUGAUUAUUAUCCUUUAAAUAUCAUUUACAAUUUUUUGGACAGUUUAGAAAUUGCCUAUCCUUCAAUAUGCACUGUCACAUCUAUUGGAAACUCAGUGGAGGGCAGAGAAAUUAAGAUGUUAAAGAUAUCAAACAGCGAUGCAAAAAACACAGGCGUUUGGUUAGACGGAGCCAUCCACGCGAGGGAAUGGAUAAGCACAUCUGUGGUCACUUAUAUCGCCGAUUAUUUAGCCACAAAUUUCAAUGAGUUACCAGCUAGCAUAACUAACAAAGAUUGGUAUUUGGUCCCAAUAGUAAAUCCUGAUGGAUAUCAUCACACACACAACUUGGAGCGGAUGUGGAGGAAGAACAGAGCUCGAACCGGUAGCACCGUGACAGGAGUGGACCUGAACAGAAAUUUUGGUUACUAUUGGGGAAGAGGAACCACUUCCGAAGCUUCGUCAAACGAUCCAAACCACUUAAAUUAUCGUGGCCCUGAACCAUUUUCUGAGCCAGAAACAUGCGCAGUAAAGGAUUUACUUUUGUAUUCAGGGACUCCGUUCAAGAUCUUUUUGACGUUCCACUCUUGCAGUGAAGUGAUAUCAUUCCCCUGGUGCUAUACCGCGGACCCUUGUCCAGAUUACGUCAGUCUUCUCGAAGGUGGAACUAUUAUGGCUAAGGCUAUAUACGACACAACCGGUCGUAUGUACAAAGUGGGGAACUUCAAAGAUCUCAUGUACUACGCUUGCGGCACGAGCAUAGACUGGAGCUAUGGCACUGCGCACAUUCCCUUCUCUUACCUCGUCGAGCUGAGAAGCAAAGAAUACAGAUUCACACUGCCAAAGAACGAAAUCACGGAUUGCUGUAAGGAAGCUCUGAAUGCUGUCAUAGCGUUAGCCGAGUACGUAGAUAAAAAGAAAUGUUUAAACUGUACCGUUUUUGCCAAAAAGAAUAGAUGA